AUGCCACUUCAAGUGAUCGUCGUUGGGGCAGGAAUUGGCGGUCUUUGUACGGCUGUCGCACUGCAGCAGGCUGGUCAUUCCGUCAAGAUUUUGGAAAAGUCUGCCUUUGCUGCUGAAGUGGGAGCCGCUCUCCUCAUCACACCGAAUGGGGAACGCGUACUAUCUCGCCUUGGCUUCGAUUUCAAACGAGCCCGAGCCGAUGAUAUGACAUGUUUUGAGGUAUUGGAUGGAGUCACAUUCAAGCCUCUUCACCGCGCUGAGCUAAGCAAUGCCCGUGAAGAGUACGGGGCGCCGCUUUAUACAGUUCAUCGUGUGGAUCUGCACAAUGAGCUUCUUCGUCUGACGUCGGCAUUAGACAUUCAAUUAUCAUCAAAGGUGGUAGCAGCGGAUGCAGAGCAAGGUUUUGUACUUCUAGAAGACGGAACGAAGCAUUAUGCCGACCUCAUCAUCGGUGCGGAUGGCCUUCACUCAGUUUUGAGAGGCAUCGCGCUGGGUGACCAGGAUGCUGCCAAGCCAACCCCUUCAGGGAUGAGCGCAUUCCGGUUUAUGAUUCCAACCUCUGAGUUGAAAGAGGAUCCUCACUUCCAAGAGCUACUGAAGUCGAAAGGGAGAGGCAAUAGUGUAUUAGCCGAUACGACCACGCAGACUGAACGUCAUAUGGUUUGGUACACGUGUCGGGAUGGAGAAGUUCAAAAUUUCGCAGGUAUCCACGAGAAUAUCCACAGAGGCGAUGGAGAUACCAAAACACUCAUGCUAAAGCAAUUUGGUCACUAUCACCCUAGUAUAGUUCAUAUCAUCAAUGUGGCCCCCAAUGUCACCGAUUGGCCUCUUUCCUUUCACGAUCCUCUCCCGACUUGGCAUCGAGGAAAAAUCGUGCUAGUUGGGGACGCCGCUCAUCCAAUGCUUCCGUUUGGCGCGCAAGGAGCAAAUCAAGCUAUUGAAGACGCGGGGGCUCUGGGGGCGCUUUUCGGUGGUGGCAAGGAAUCUGCAACUGAUGUCCCCGGCCGCCUUUCCCUCUUCGAACAAGUUCGACGACUUCGCGCAUCUAGAGUCCAGUCACUUUCUAGGGUGCGACUCGGGAAGGAAAAGGAGGUAGAGGCUAGAGUACGCCAGUACGCCGAUCCACCAGGCUCAGAUGUACCAACUUCCUUCUUCGAGCGGCUCGCACACGAUUAUAGGGUUGAUGUGUUUGAGGCAUGUAAGGAAGCAUUGGCUAAAGGUGAAUAA